AAGCGGGUGCACGUUCGUGGCAUUUCAUCGGGCGAUAUUACCAGGGAUCGCGAGGAUAUCAAUUUAAUCAAUCGCAACCGAAGAAGUAACAUACCGUCGCCAAGUCCCAAUCAGAUGCUUAAUUCUACUAAACAAGUUAACAAAGUGAAACCUAAUGUAAAUAGACAACCACCGGAUAAUAUAGUAUCGCCAUCGACGUACAACCGGCCUUUGGAUGGUGAACCGAGCCCUUAUGCGGGCUAUCAGCUAGCAUACGAAGUGAAGAAGCUCAUGCCAACGAGUCGGGGCGGCGGGUCCGGCGCGCAGAACCAGAACGGGGUCACGCUGCAGGCCGGCAUCGCUGACGACCAGUCCAAGGAUUUCGACUUUGAGAAGACGGAGAUGAAGUACGACUCGACCGGGAUGUUCCACUGGAGUCCAGCGAAGUGCUUAGAAGAAUGUAUACUGGACCGAAACCAGGCGGCCAUGACGGUACUGAACGGGCACGUCGUUGUGUGUCUGUUCGCCGAUCCGGACUCGCCGCUGAUAGGAUUAAGAAACCUCGUGAUGCCACUACGUGCUUCAAACUUUCACUACCAUGAGCUGAAACACGUCGUGAUCGUGGGUUCCGUUGAGUACAUUCGACGCGAGUGGAAGAUGCUGCAGAAUCUGCCGAAGAUAUCCGUACUGAAUGGAUCUCCGCUGAGUAGAGCCGAUCUACGGGCGGUCAACGUAAACCUUUGUGAUAUGUGUUGUAUUCUAUCGGCAAAAGUUCCUAGCAACGACGAUCCGACGUUAGCCGAUAAGGAAGCCAUCCUAGCCUCACUCAACAUUAAAGCAAUGACGUUCGACGACACGAUAGGAGUGCUGAGCCAGCGGGGCUCCGAGCAGGACAACCUGACGCCGGUGGGCAGCCCCAUCGUGCUGCAGCGGCGCGGGUCCGUCUACGGGGCCAACGUGCCGAUGAUCACGGAGUUGGUAAACGACAGCAACGUGCAGUUUCUGGACCAGGACGACGACGACGAUCCGGACACGGAGCUGUACCUGACGCAACCGUUCGCCUGCGGUACCGCGUUCGCCGUGAGUGUGCUAGAUUCCCUCAUGUCAACGACAUACUUCAAUCAAAACGCCUUAACACUGAUACGAUCGCUCAUCACGGGCGGUGCGACGCCAGAGCUGGAGCUGAUACUGGCGGAAGGUGCUGGCCUCCGCGGGGGCUACAGCACGCCCGAGAGUCUUAGCAAUCGGGAUAGAUGCCGGGUCGGGCAGAUUUCCCUGUACGACGGACCGCUGGCGCAGUUUGGCGAGGCCGGCAAGUACGGCGAUCUGUUUGUGGCCGCGCUCAAAUCGUACGGCAUGCUGUGCAUCGGGCUGUACCGGUUCCGCGACACGAGCUCGAGCUGUGACGCGAGCAGCAAGCGGUACGUCAUCACGAACCCGCCGGACGACUUCUCGCUGCUGCCGACGGAUCAGGUGUUCGUGCUGAUGCAGUUCGAUCCGGGUUUGGAGUACAAGCCGGCCACGGUCCGUGGCCCGUCCGGCGGGCGCAACCAGAACAGCCAGCAGGCCGGCGUCGGCGGUGGCGGCUCAAACAAGGACGACAACUCCUGACUGUUACUGUGUAGCGCCUUAACCGAUGGGCCCUACUCUUACAUAUGAACAAAAGAAACCGAUUUUAUAUACCAGAUCGCGCAAUAUAUCAAGCAUGUGUUUCGUAAGUUUGUUAAAAUGUUUUCCAAAAACCGCUAGAGAGAGAAUAAAAAAGUCCUCCGGCGGAAGUGCAACCAGAAAUUCCGGGAACCGAAGCCCCACACGUCUCCGUGCGUGUUGGCGUGUUAAUGCGUUGUUUUAUUUUUCGAUAAUACUUAAGAGAUAAGUUUGUUAAGUUUUAAGCUGAGUUUAAACCAGAAUGUUAAAUUUUCCAAGAAUAUCUCUCCAACAGCUUCGUGUUUCUAUGUUCCAAUUCAGCAUAUGUUGCGCCAUCUAGUAUAUAAAAGGUACGAAAGCUGGUGCGGAGAAACCUCCAAGCAAGCCAAACUCCACCAGCCCAAUAUUGCGGGGUCAUGCCACCAGAACAUCUCAGAACCAUUGGCAUAUUUACGAUCGACCCCAAACACUUCAAGUUCAUAUGUACGAGACCUUAAACGAAACCGUCUUUGCUUCCCACACCAUUCCGUUUUGGAGAUGUAAGAGAGUGAGAUUAAUCCGAGAUGUUAGAAGAAGCCGUAGCCAAGUUUAGCCGAAAUCAGAUCAGAUCAGUAGAGCCGUCAGACACAAAAACCAAAACCGUUAAAUUGUUCUUUAGUUAGUGUUUCUUAAAUUGCCGUUCGUUAGUUCCUACGUGUACUACUUGCGAGUACGCAACUACAAAAUAAACAAAAACAAGGGUCAAGAAAACAUCGUGGGAGUGUGUCACCACCGGUGGAGUUAAAAAAUAUCCCAACCCAAGCCAAUGUUCAACAAAUUUAACGUAUAAGUUGUUUAAAAAAAAGCAAAAAAUGACAAAAAUAUCAUUGAAGCAACAAUGAAGUUUUAUUUUAACAGUCCUGCUUACUAACAAUUUUUACCCAAUUUAACAUGGAAAGAAAAGGGACAGAUUUAAUCUAACUUCAAAAUUUUGACUUUUUUCUGUUCGAAAAAGUUUUCCAAACAAGCAACAUUUCCAAAGAAUUCUUUCAAGUCGAUAUCACAAUAUUUCUUGAGUACAUACAAGAACAAAUGUCGUCUUUGAAGCAUGACAUAACUGAAGUACGUAAAAUAAUACCUAAUUGGACUGUUUUCAAACAAAUCUCAAAAUGUAGUUUAUGCAAAAAGAUGCAAAAAGAAGGUUUCCUCAGCACGAGUCGUACAUUGAUCAAACAAAGUUUACCGAGUUGGUUAAAAACGACGAGUGCUGAAAAUAUCAAGUUUUGCAACGAAUUGAUUACGACAUUUUUACAACAUUUUUUUGCAAUUCCUAACAAACAUAAGGCUUUCUAGGCCCAGUGAAAAAAUAUAACUUAACCCAAAAGUGACGAACUUCGUCACAGUGUCCUGAAACAAUUUAAUGAUCGAGCUCGAGCUGUCACGGUUGGCUGACAUAUCGGGCGGUCAGUCAAAAACCUAGCUAGAGGUCGCCUGACAAAAAACUUUUGCUGGAAAGAGAUAGGAAAUCUGAUGCAAACAAACGUCCAGCUGCCAUGUAAACAUACUUUGAAUGUGUUAGUAAAUUUCUAACUAGAAAUCCUAAUUGGAGUCUUUCAGUGAAACGCUUGAAUGUUAUUUGCCGUCAAGCUCCAAAACAGUAUCGAAAAGUACUGAAAAGUUGAAAUUUUUAACACUCAAAUGGAUGCUGAAAGUACCUUAUAGUACUUUUAUUUUUUGCAAUUUUAGGCCGUUUGUCAUUUUCGAGAACGACAAGAAAAGUAAGAAGUUUUCGAACGGAAUUGCAACAAGGAACGAUUUCUUGAAAAGGCUACACUCAAAUCAGAUACUUCUGUCAUUCAGAGCGAUUGACAUGCAAUGUCAGUGCAUCUCAACUAACAACAAACCUUUGUAGUGAAAAGGUCAAAAAUCCGGAGCUCGUUUCUGUCUGCAUUUUUCGUUAAAUUCGGAGUGAUGUUUUCCCAAAUUUGACGUUUGGCCUCAAAACUCACACUCCUGAGUAUGUUCAGUUAAGACGAAACUGAGUGAUUUCGAAUUUGCGUGUAUGUUUACAGUAGAUUUGACAGCAAGGAUUGGGAAGAUAUCGAUAUGAUGUUAUUUUUUCUGGGUCAUUUAAUAUUUACGAGUUGUUUUAAAGAAUUAUACAUUCUUUUUUGAAAUAUUUCAAAAAAAAUUACAAAUCACAAAGUUGUGAUUUCAUUUAGAAAAAAAAUAUGGUGGGGGCAUGCCUGCAAUGUUUUCUUUUCUAAAAUAUUAAUUUUAAGUUGCUAAUUUUUGUAUGAGAACUCUAGAAGGUGCAUACGAGUGCCAAGACAAGCCAUCCCAUUUCCGGCGAAGGGUGUGGGACCAAAAGCAAAACGGAACAAUACGCUCACCUGUCCGAAAGAGUGGCAGGACUUUGCGUAAAGGGACUCCAUCAAAAGGAUGCUACACAAAAAAAAACUAACCAAAUAAAAAAAGAAAGUGGAAAGAUUCCACAAACCACACAACAGCAAAGCAACUGCAAAUCGAGUACAGAUUAAAACACACAAGAAAACGACAACUAGCCUGUAAAAUAACAUAACAAUAUUGCUUACUUAAAUGUUUACCAUUUUACGUGUAAACAUCUUAGAUAAAAUUAUUGCAGAUUUAGUGCCGUGCAUUUUUAUAGAAAAAUUCCAACAAAAUUAAAACCAAAAAAAAAGUUGUACAAAUCGAACUAGUUAAAACCAAAAAGAUAAAUUUUCUAGGGUAAUGUGUCCAAUUUAAAGCAAAAAAGUAAAACAAAAAAAAAUAAUCAUUUUUAUAAGUCAAGAAACAGCAGCGUAGCGUUUACAGCACACACACACAGCAGUCUUUCCGUUGUCAUCCGAUUUGCGUUCGUGCAAAAGCAAGCAACAUUUCGUGUAACGGUUUUCCAAACUGUUUGUAAAUACAAUUAUUGGUAUGAUUUUCACUUAAAAGUUGAAACUAAUUUCCGUCGUUAAGGGCAAACAAUUCGAGCUUUUAUAAAGGGAAAAACAAUGCAAUUUUCGUUUGAUUGUUCAACAAUAUCAAACCAUACAAACUUAACCACCAUAAACACUCACUCACACAGUCACACAUUCAAAAAGUAACUCUAUUUCCGAUCGUGUGUAAGCGGCUGGUGUAAAAAUAGCAACUAAGUAAGCCAAUCUGUUUUCGCUAUAGUAAAUGAUAACAACAAACAACAACAUAAAAUCGCAAAAGCAUAACAUCGAGAUUACGCGUUGCAUUAAAAAAAACUGCAGAAAUUGAGUGCGAGCAAAUAGCAACUACUUGAUAAAAAAAAACACACACACAGUAACCUUACAAAUUACAAGACAAGACAAGAAAAAAAACCUAAAUGAGCUAAGCGCGCUUUGCAUUGCAAACAAAAAAAAGAGGCAUUUGAACCGGGUGGCAAGGCUUACUUAGAUACGUGUGAAACCGAGCUGUUCGGUUAUUGCGAAUGCAGCAAGUCAGAACCUAAAAAAAGUCUAAAUAUUAAAUUUAAAGAAAAAACAAGAAAAUGCUGUGAAAAUUUAGGCGUAAUGCGUUAUUUAGGGCGCGCAGAUGGAAAAGAGGGAGAAGGCCGGCGGCAGCACUAAGAACAAUCACUUUAAACCCACUUUUUACCAGGCCUUGUUCUUUCCGUGUAGUCUAGAGAACAAGCAAAAACAAAAUUAGGCAAUUUGUUACCUAUUUGUACACACCACCACCACCACUACCAGGCAGGAGUCGUUUGUUUUACGCGUGGUAAUUGUUUGUUUUGUUGUCACGAUUUUUGCUUUAUAGACGUGAUUUAAAAAAAUUUUACAAAAAACGCAGCUUUUGUUUGUUCCUCGUUGAAGCGACAGGACGCAAUUAUUCGGUGUAUCGCGAACUAAACCAAGAGUAAACGCAAAAAAAACGCAAGUAAAUAUUCAUGUUAAUCCGUGUUGUAGUUGUGUGCGCUGUCACGGUGAGGCACUUGACACAUCUAUCAAUCUAGUUUAAACAAAUGAAAAGAAAAAAAAACAAAACAAUGGAAAAACCAUCCUGCUCUAUCAUUCUCUAUCUCUAUCUCUCAAUGUGCAGAAAAUUAAAACAAACGAUGCAAGAAGAAGAAGCAGCAGAGAAGAUAUAGUUCUAGUAAAGCAAAGCAAGUAAAUCGGUAGAUAGCGCCUUGUUAGAAAUGGGUAGUUAACACAAAAAUACAAUCUUACAGACAGACAGAUGACGUUCUUGUUUUACAAAGAGGUUGCACGCACACGGACGCAGAAUGUGACGAUCUUUAUCGUGAGAGCAUCGAUUUUCACCGAUUGCUU